AUGUCUUGGGACGGUGUCUUCGUUUUUGAUCGAGACUGGGUACCUCACCUAACUCUUAUGGAACAAGCAGACAUGAUAGUGGAUAUCCGCCUCGAUCAAAAAUGUUCCAUGAGACAAUUGCUUGAGGAAGCUCAGAAGGAGAUCAAGAAUCUCCCAAAGAAUAUCCUCCCUUGGUUAUGGUUGAACGCAAUCAUUAUCACACUUGAGGAAAUGCUGAAGAAGCCGCCUCCUGGGUGGUCCGGUCCAUCCCCUUCUUCAGGGAUACCCCGAGAGAAACGGUUAUAG